AUGACAGGGAGUUGCGAAUCAUUUGGUUCUCCGAGUGGGUCUUCUGCGGUGAGUGGUGAGAAAGAGCCGCAGCUGAAUAUUGUGGACUCAGAGGCACAGCAACUCGAUAUGGAGAGUAGAUCUGAAGAGGACUUGAAGGAUGUAGAAGCAUCGGCCGGUAACCCUCCAGCUUCAAAAGAAGAAGUUAAGGAUCCAUUUGUGGUCGAUUGGGAUGGACCUAAUGAUCCGAACUCUCCAAUGACAUGGCCUACCAUGAAGAAAGUUCGACAACUUGCGGGCAUGGGUUUCAAUAGUUUUCUCACACCCUUAUCAUCAUCCAUGUUCGCACCAGGCGAAGCAGAUGUCCUAGCAGAAUUCAAUUCAACAAACAAAAUGCUAGGAUCAUUCGUUGUUACUAUCUUCCUACUCGGAUACACCGUGGGACCUAUCCUGAUUGCUCCAGUAUCCGAGAUAUACGGACGUCUGCCAUUAUAUCAUGUUUGCAACACCAUGUUCGUGAUCUUCACAAUUGCAUGCGCCGUUUCUCAAUCUCUCCCUCAACUAUUCGUCUUCCGCUUCUUGGCUGGUGUAGCCGGCAGCUGUCCAAUGACUCUUGGCUCUGGAACCGCUGCGGAUCUAAUCACGAAAGAGAAGCGUGCUGGAGUGAUGGCUCUAUGGGCUAUGGGACCAAUUCUGGGACCAGUCAUCGGUCCCGUCGCGGGUUCAUUUGUCUGUGCUAAUAUAGGAUGGCGUUGGGUCUUCUGGAUUCUUGCUAUUGCCGGAGGUGUCAUGCUAAUCGCCACAAUAUUCUGUUACCGCGAAACAUACGCCCCCGUCCUUCUAGAACGUAAAGCCGCAGCCUUUCGCAAAGAAACAGGAAACAAUCAAUACCGCUCAAAAUUCGACCGCGGUCUCACCCGUAAACAACUCUUCUACAUGGCCGGCGUUCGUCCCUUGAAACUUCUCUUCCGCUCUCCCAUAGUCCUCUGCAUGACCAUGUUCGGUGCCGUCUCAUACGGUUACCUCUAUCUUAUGUUCACUACCAUCUCUUCUAUCUUCGAAGAUGUAUAUGGCUGGCCUAGUGAAAUGACCGGUCUUGCAUACCUGGGUUUUGGAGUUGGGUGUAUGCUCGGUCUCUCUGUUACUGGUCGAGUUGCGAAUCGGAUUGCCGCGAAGCAUUCAGCCCAGGGUCGCUUUACGCCUGAGUCUAGACUUGGUCCUAUGCUUGUUGGGUGUUGGUUUUUGCCUAUUGGACUUUUCUGGUAUGGAUGGUCUGCUGAGGCUCAUGUGCAGUGGGUUAUGCCUAUUGUUGGCACUGGUAUCUUUGGGUGUGGGUUGAUGUGUGUCUUUUUGUGCAUUAAUACCUACUUGGUUGACUCUUAUAUCCAAUUCGCUGCCUCGGUUACAGCUGCUAAUGCUGUGACGCGGUCUCUUGUUGGUUGCUUUCUUCCUCUUGCUGGACCCUCGAUGUAUGAUACCCUAGGACUUGGUUGGGGGAAUUCCUUGCUUGCAUUUAUUGCGCUUGCGUUUUGUGCAUUCCCAGUUUUCCUGAGCCGGUAUGGUGCCAGGAUUCGUACUCAUCCACGAUUCCAGUUGGAUCUGUGA